AACAACAACAUGGAUGCACUAAGUGAUAUAUUGGCGCCAUACAGUGAUGACAUUGCCAAAUUUGCCGGUUCGGUAACAUGUCUGCAAUUUUUAUCCGGUGUUUUUCUACUCAACGACAUUCGUAAUAAAAAAAGCAGCGAUCAAUAUCCGGCAGAUCCAUUCCUGGGAGGUAUUGCAUUAACAAUAUUAAGUUUAAAAAUGGGGGCCCUAAUGGGCGAUGAAGCAAUGAUCAAAGUCAAUGUCAUUGGUUUUGCCAUUAACGUCAUCUUCAUGGUUGUCUUCUAUUGGUAUGCCUCGGAAACGUUUAGAUCGAAAAUCUGGUCGAAAAUUGCAAUGUAUUUCACCUUUACGCUGGGCUGUUUGGCAUAUGCCAACUUUGAAGAUCCCGCCAAAAUUGAAUUCCGUUUUGGUAUGAUUAUCACCGCCAUUCUGGUAGUACUUGUCGGCAUGCCACUGCUGAAUUUAGGUAAAAUUAUUGAAACCAAGAGCACUGAAGGACUACCAUUCCCCUUGAUAUUGUCCGGAACAAUUGUGGCCGCAUCAUGGGCUGCAUAUGGCAUUUCCAUCAGAAAUCAAGUUGUAGCGGUAAGUAAUUCACAAUUUACCUGA